AUGGAGCUCUGGAAUUCCACGUUAGGAAGUGGCUUCAUCUUGGUGGGGAUCCUGAAUGACAGUGGGUCACCUGAACUACUCGGUGCCACACUUGCAGGCUUGUACAUGUUGGCUCUGGUCAGCAAUGGCCUACUGCUCCUGGUCAUCACAGUUGAUGUCCGGCUCCAUGUACCCAUGUACCUCCUGCUGGGGCAGCUCUCUCUCUUGGACCUCCUGUUCACAUCGGUUGUCACUCCCAAGGCCCUCAUGGAUUUUCUGAAGAGAGAAAACGCCAUCUCCUUUGGAGGCUGUGCCCUUCAGAUGUUUCUGGCCCUGACACUGGGUGGUGCCGAGGAUCUCCUACUGGCCUUCAUGGCCUAUGACAGGUAUGUGGCCAUUUGUCAUCCUCUCAACUACAUGGCCUUCAUGAGGCCUAGAGUCUGCUGCUUUAUAGUGGCCUCAUCCUGGACCCUAUCAACUCUGAGUGCUUUAGGAAAUACAGUGUACACCAUGCACUACCCCUUCUGCAUGUCCCGGGAAAUAAGACAUCUUUUCUGUGAGGUUCCAAACUUGCUGAAGCUAGCCUGUACAGACACUUCCAAAUAUGAACUCAUGGUUUAUGUGACAGGUGUGACUUUCCUCUUGCUCCCUCUUUCUAUCAUUGUUAUUUCCUACAGUCUGAUUCUUUUCACUGUGCUUCACAGGCCCUCAAAGGAGGGGAGGAAGAAAGCUCUUGUCACCUGCUCCUCUCACUUGACUGUGGUAGGGAUGUUUUAUGGGGCAGCUGCACUGAUGUAUGUCCUACCUAGUUUCUUACACAAUCCCAAACAGGACAACAUUAUCUCUGCUUUCUACACAAUUGUCACCCCAGCCCUGAACCCCCUCAUUUAUAGCUUGAGGAAUAAGGAGGUCUUGGGGGCUUUGAGGAGGGUUCUGGGGAAAUGUAUGAUGCAAACAGACCUACCCUCUAGAUAG